GGUUGAUGAAACAGGAAGAGAAAACUACUCUAAGUUUUCUGAUGUUAUAUCAAUGGAUGCAACUUAUAGAACAAACAGGUACAAUAUGAUAUUUGUUCCUUUCACUGCAAUAAACAAUCAUGAAAAGACAAUCAAUGUUGGAGCAGGAGUAAUAUCAGAUGAAACAAUUGAAUCAUACUCUUGGUUAUUAGAAGCUUUUUUGUCAUCACAUAAGAAGAAACCAACAAGAUUUUGUUAGACAUGGAUGCAGCAUUAUCUUGUUCAAUAGCAAAGGUGUUUCAAGGAUGUACUCACAGAUUAUGUAUGUGGCACAUAAUGUCAAAAAUGCCAUCAAAGAUUGAAGCUGAUUUAGUUUCAAAUUCAGAUUUCAAGAAACGCAUAAAUCAACUAGUUUGGAAUAUGCAUAUUAAACCAUCAGAUUUUGAGAACAAAUGGGAUUUGAUGUUGAAUGAGUUUCAUUUGAAGGAAAAUAAAUGGUUGGCUGAUAUGUUCAACAAGAGAGAUAAAUGGAUUCCAUCCUAUUUCAGAGAUAUACCAAUGUGUGGACUUAUGAAGACUACAUCUCGAUCUGAAAGCUCUAAUUCCUUUUUCAAUGUUUUCUCAACUCCAACCAACUUACUUGUUAAUUUUAUGUUCAACUUUGACACUACACUUUCAAAGCAGCGUCAUGAACAAAAAAGAUUAGACAUUGCAUCAAGAGAUACUUCUCCACAACUGCUAUUUCCAAAUGAAAGUUUGAAAAUAGAAAAGCAUGCAUCAUUGGUAUACACACGAGAAGCAUUCAUAAAAGUGCAAAAACAAAUAAAAAAGGCAUUCUAUCAGUGUUUUCAAAAAAAUUCGGUUUUGAUUGAUGGUCAUCAACAAUGCACAAUUGUCUACAAAGAACUAAAAUCAGGCAAGCGACCAGAAUUUAAGGUUACUUUUGAUGCAAAAGAUGAAACAAUUGAAUGUGAAUGUUUGCAUUUCACAUUUUUUGGAAUCCUUUGUAGUCAUGCUUUGAGAAUUCUUAUAGAUUAUGACAUUGCCAUGAUACCUCAAAAAUACAUUCUGGAUAGAUGGAGAAAGAACAUAAUGGAUAUUGGUUUUCAAAAGAUAAACCAAAAAUGGAGAGUGUGCAGUACAGAAAUUUCAAAUCUCUUGCAGGAUGCAACUUCUUUUUUUGAGAAAUGCGUUGAAUCGGUUAUUCAUGAUAAAGAAAAACUACAAGAAUUGGUGAACUCUCUUCAACAAUUAAGUGAAACUUGUGGAAAGGAUGUUUCUUCUAGAUCAAGUUCAAUUCCAAUAAAAGAUGUGGUUGAAAAUAUCACCGGAGUUCCAAUUUCAAGUGAUGUGAAAAUCAAAGUACCAAAUGAGAUAAAAACAAAAGGAAGUGGAAAGAGGAAUCGAAUCAAAAGUGCUGCAGAAAAAGCAAUAGCAAAAUCACUUAAACCAAAACGCAAAUGCAAAGGAUGCAAUAAAUUAGUCAACCAUGAUAUAAGAAAUUGCUCAAUAAAUCCUUCAAAUGUGCUUAAGCCUUUCAAAAAACAUCAGUAA